AUGUCUCAAGCGCAAACGAUGAAAGCAGUUAUAUAUCAAGAACCCUUCAAAGUCACAGUCGAAGAACGCCCACUGCCAACAAUUGAACAUCCAGACGAUGCAUUGUUGAAGGUGACUACAGCUGCAAUAUGCGGAAGCGAUUUGCAUAUGUAUCAAGGAAGAACAGCUGCUCAGGGUGGAUUAUGUUUUGGACAUGAGAAUAUGGGAAUAGUGAUUGAGACCGGAUCUGGUGUUCAGCAUAUCAAAAAAGGAGAUCGUGUAGUUAUGCCAUUUAAUGUGGCGGAUGGGAGAUGUAGAAAUUGUGAAGAGGGGAAGACAGCUUUUUGUACGGGUGUUAAUCCCGGGUUCGCAGGUGGUGCGUACGGAUAUGUUGCAAUGGGACCUUAUCAAGGAGGUCAAGCGCAAUACAUUCGCGUUCCAUAUGCCGAAUUCAACUGCCUUCCCCUUCCCGCUGGAAAGGAGCAUGAGGCCGACUUUAUUCUUCUCGCCGACAUAUUCCCGACGGGGUGGCAUGGUGUUGUACUGUCCGGGUUCCAACCUGGAGAAUCGAUUGCCGUAUUUGGAGCUGGUCCGGUUGGACUAAUGGCUGCAUAUAGCGCGAAGCUUAGAGGGGCGAGCAAAGUUUUUGUGGUGGAUAGCGUGAAGGAACGUCUACAUGCUGCGGAGAAAAUCGGUUGCAUUGCUGUGGAUUUCACGAAAAGUGAUGCUGUCGAAGAGAUUAUAAAACAAAAUGGACAGAUGGUCGAUAGGAGCGUGGAUGCUGUUGGGUACCAAGCUUCCGCACAGGAUGGAAAGAAAGAGGUUCCGAGUAUUGUCUUGGAAAAUUGUAUCAAAGUGACAAGACCAACCGGUGGUAUUGGUGUUCCUGGAUUAUACGUCCCAAGUGAUCCCGGUGCUCCAGAUAGCAACGCCGGGCAAGGAAUGUUAUUGAUAAGUUUUGGGAAGCUGUUCGAGAAAGGUCUUUCGAUUGGUACUGGACAAUGUAAUGUCAAGACAUACAAUCGGUAUCUUCGAGAUAUGAUCAUAUCGGGCGUUGCAAAGCCUUCAUUUGUCGUUUCACAUGAAAUUGGUAUCGAUGAGGCACCAAACGCGUAUACCAAAUUCGACAGAAGAGAGGAUGGGUAUACUAAGGUUCUGAUUCAUCCCAAUGGUCCUAUAUGA